AUGACUUCCCUACCUCCAAGACCAACUCCAAAGCCCGGUAGAGUUAAAGUCUAUCGUGCCUUGUAUGAUUACGUUGCCCGAUCGACACAGGAAAUGUCCUUCAAUGAAGGAGAUCUAUUAUAUGUUAGUGAUAAAGGACCAAACGAAGACUGGUUACCAGCAACAUGCGGAGGGAAAAAAGGCUUAGUUCCCGCAAACUAUGUUGUUAGCGAAAACGUGGAAGAGUUACCUAACCCAUUACAUGAUGCAGCUAAAAGAGGGAAUUUACAGUUCCUUGAAGAAUGUUUAGCUAAUGAGGUUUCUGUGAAUAGCCUGGACAAAUCGGGAUCGACAGCAUUAUUUUGGGCUUGUCACGGCGGGCACGAACACAUAAUCACUUUGCUUCUUCAGUGCCCACAAAUAUCCAUUUCAUCACAAAACAAAAUGGGAGAUACCCCAUUGCAUGCCGCCUCUUGGAGAGGUCACAAGGGUUGUGUGGAUAUGCUGUUGGAGAGAGAAGCGAACGUAUGGAUACGUAACCAAGAUAAAAAACUUCCAUUGGACGUUGCUAAGGAUGCUGAUGUAGCCGCAUCGAUUUCGAGACGGAUGAAAAUAGAUACGAAUAAUGUUGAUGAGGAGAAUGACUACGGAUCCAGCUCUGAUGAGAAUUAA